GGUGGAGGCGGACCGGACCGGAGCGUGGGGCGCGCAGCUUCGGGAGGCACGGCGACUACGGCAACCGCGGUUCGGCCGCACCGGCCGAGCUGGAUUGGCCAUUAUGGAGGAGGAGCUGCAGCAUCCACACUGUGUGAAUUGUGUCAGCAGGCGCUGUAUGACCAGACCUGAGCCUGGGAUUUCCUGUGACUUGAUUGGUUGUCCCUUGGUUUGUGGAGCCGUUUUCCACUCUUGUAAAGCUGAUGAGCAUCGACUUUUAUGUCCUUUUGAGCGAGUACCGUGCUUAAAUAGUGACUUUGGAUGCCCAUUUACUCUGGCCCGAAAUAAAGUUGCUGAGCACCUAGAAAUGUGUCCUGCGAGUGUGGUGUGCUGUACUAUGGAAUGGAACCGAUGGCCAGUUAGUUAUGCAGACCGGAAAUCGUAUGAAAAUCUAAGCAGAGAUGUUGAUGAAGUGGCACAACUAGAUAUGGCCUUGGCCCUUCAAGAUCAAAGGAUGCUCUUAGAAUCACUCAAAGUAGCCACCAUGAUGUCAAAAGCAACUGAUAAAGUAUCUGAACCUAGAGCGCAAAUCUCUGUUAAAUCAAGUGUCCAAGAAAUUCCACAUGCUAAUGGUUUGGUAUCUGUUGAUGAAGAAUCUUAUGGUGCACUUUAUCAAGCUACUGUAGAGACAACCCGAAGUUUGGCUGCUGCUUUAGAUAUCCUGAACACUGCCACAAGAGAGAUUGGCAUGUUAAAUACAAGUCCCCAGGCCACCACAAAUGAAGUGGAUGAAGGACAAAAUGCCAGAGAAAGCCAACAAGGUAGAAACUUAAAAGACCAGGAUCGUCUUCAUGAGGAUGAGAUAGGGGCAGUAGGUGGAAUUGACUAUAAUAAUGGCAUAAGUCAGAAUGCCCAGUCUGAACAAAAUGGUUCAAGUGACUUAUUACAUAACCUGAAUUCAAGUUCUUAUGGCACUUCUACUCUUUGUAAUGGCUUUCCUUUGGAAAACAUCUGUACACAGGUCAAAGAUGAUAAUGAUCAGAAGUUUCAUGGUGACUCGGUACAACGUAACCUAACAAAUGGAGAAUGCAUAGCAUCAGAUGGUACUUCAGAACCUUCCAAUUCACUUUUAGUAGGAGCACAACUUAGGGAAAUACUUCCAUCCAAUGCUUUGCCUAAUGGCACCAUUCAAAAUAUCCUCAUGCCAGAUGGUGAAGGUGAAGGAGAAUUGUGUUGGAAAAAAGUAGACCUAGGGGACUUGAGGAAUAUGGAUGUUUUAUCUUUAAAUCAUACUCCUUCAUUCAAAUUUCUCUCUAACUCAUGUUGGUCUAAACCAAAGGAAGAUAAAGCUGUAGAUACAUCUGACUUGGAAGUUGGAGAAGAUCCCAUGGGUCUCCAAGGAAUAGAUCUGAUUACAGCGGCAUUACUCUUCUGUCUAGGAGACUCUCCAGGAGGAAGGGGUAUAUCUGAUAGUCGCAUGGUUGAUGUAUAUCACAUUGACUUUGGGACACAGACGUUUUCCCUUCCGUCUGCAAUAUUAGCUACAAAUACAAUGGUGGGGGAAAUAGCUUCAGCUUCAGCUUGUGAUCAUGCCAAUCCACAACUGUCAAAUCCAAGCCCUUUUCAGACACUUGGGCUGGAUUUAGUAUUAGAAUGUGUUGCUAGAUACCAGCCUAAGCAACGUUCAAUGUUUACCUUUGUGUGUGGACAGUUAUUUAGAAGAAAGGAAUUUUCUUCACAUUUUAAGAAUGUGCAUGGUGACAUUCAUGCUGGACUCAAUGGAUGGAUGGAACAGAGGUGUCCUUUAGCUUACUAUGGUUGUACCUAUUCCCAGCGUAGAUUUUGUCCAUCAACACUAGGAGCAAAGAUUAUACAUGACCGCCAUUUGAGGUCAUUUGGAGUUCAGCCAUGUGUGUCUACGGUACUAGCAGAGCCUUCUAGAAACUGUGUAUUGGGAUUACGUAGUGACCAUCUAAGUAGUCUUCCUUUUGAGGUCCUGCAACAUAUUGCAGGCUUUCUUGAUGGCUUCAGCUUAUGCCAGCUCUCCUGUGUGUCCAGGCUAAUGAGGGACGUGUGUGGCAGUCUGCUUCAGUCUCGAGGAAUGGUUAUACUACAGUGGGGGAAAAAGAAGUAUCCAGAAGGAAAUUCAUCAUGGCAGAUAAAGGAAAAGGUAUGGCGAUUCAGUACUGCAUUUUGUUCUGUUGAUGAAUGGAAAUUUGCUGACAUCCUAAGCAUGGCCGACCACUUGAAGAAAUGCAGCUACAAUGUGGUCGAGAAGCGGGAGGAAGCCAUCCCACUGCCGUGCAUGUGUGUGACUCGGGAACUCACUAAAGAAGGACGCUCACUGCGCUCAGUCUUAAAACCCGUACUGUAAGAACUGAACCUUCACGUGCACGUGCAUACAGGCACCUAAUUUCUUUGUAUUAUGUGACACUUUUAUUAAUGUAUUAAAGAUUACAACUAGCAGAUUUAUUGUCGCUGUGUAUAUAAAUGUUUUGAAGUGACAUAUAUUUUUAUAAAGUACUGUUUAGUUUGAAAAAGUUGCCUUAAUGUUUGAAAUGUGUGAAAUUUUUGGAACUUGCUGGACAGGGUGAUCUAAUCUUUACAUAAAUUUCAGAAUUAGUUUUUUUUAAUGGUGUGCAUAUUUUUGUUCUUAAACUUUUUGCUUCCUAAACUAACAAGAUCCUGACCAAACAGCUUAUUCCACAUAUUUUCUAUAGAUUGAGGCCCAGGUUAAUCAAAAAGCAAAGUUUUGGUUCAAAUUUGUGUGGCAGAAGAGUAACUUUGAGUUACGUAAGCAUAAGACCUUUACAAAGUUUUUAUUUUCCAGAAAUCUCCUUUUACAAUCGUAAUGCAUAGGUGAUAUCUAGUAUAUACUGAGAUAAUACUUAAAAGUCCAGAGUAAUAUUUGGCAAAAUGUUUUAAGAUGAUCAUAUUUAAAAUAAUCCACAAAGGUGUUUUCAUUUUAGGCUCUCACAGCUCCUACAUGGAAAGUGAUUAUACGUAGCUUUAUUUUUUAUUAGAUGUCGCAGCCAAAGAUUCUUGGCAGGGUGUUACACAGUCUUUCUUUUUGCUUUAACCCGUAUAUGGGAAGUAAAAGCAAAAACAAAACAUGAGCCUGUAAAAUCUCUUCAUGGUAUUAUGUAUUUGCUAGGUAAUUCUAAUGCUUGAAAAGAUAAUAUGCCUAAAUUUGAAUUGGGGAUAUAUGAAUAAAUAUUAAAUAUUCAGAGUGCAAAGGGCUCAGCUAUUUUUUUUCAUAAGCAUUGGGUGAUUUGGACUUUUGAUGUUUAUAAAAAUAUAACUACAUUAUUUUAAGACAUUUUAAAAUGGGAAUUUUAAUGGCUUCUUUAUAAUGUAACAAUUGAGCAGAAACCUGUCUUGGUUGACAAUCUCUUUGAAACAUUUCCAAAGUAAUUUCUGAUGUACGUCUAGUGGAAAGUAAGAGUUAUAUCUUUGUGUAAAGAUCAUGGUAUAAUUGGAAAAUAUUCACAGACCUAUUCUUGGAAUCUUUCAAAAUGACUUAUCUAUGAUUAACUUGAUGUAGUGACCUUAAAAGAAAUGAAUGUACGUGUUAUAUCAGAAUUUAGAAAGAAGUUGCAAAGAUGAGAAUUUAUACCUAAAUAAUUGGUAUAAUCGGUAAAUUCUAAUCGGUAAAUUCUGGCAUUUGGUAAUAUAAAGUGAUGACAAACUACAUUGUUACGAAUGUCAGAAUUCAGUUGUAACCUUCAUUUCUACAUUGUUCCUGAGGGUUUAUGGUUCCUGGUUUAUGAUUCCCAUAUAUGGCAAUCAGGCUGAGCAGAGACGGUCCUCGGGCAUGAGAAAAUUCUGAACUGCUUAAGAUUUGUUUUGGUUGGAUCAGCCCUUACUACAGUUGAAAAGUGUAGCAGUAAAGACUAAUCAAUUGUUUUGCCUCAUUUGUCAUUUUCUUUUUAGAAUACUGACUCGUCAGUGCUUAAGCUUUUUCAUCUGUGAGAUUAAUUUAUGUUUGAAAAAAAAUCCAUUGCUGUCAAAAAGCCAAAAAUAAGGUAUCAAAUACUCUAGAAUGGAACUCUGCCUUAAAGUUUUGCUGAAAAGAACAUGUCCAUAGUUAAGAUAGCACAGAAUUAAUCUUUGUUUUAUGGCUGUGAAUUUCAAGUCCUUGAGUUUAGACCUCGUUUCCACACCAGAUCGUCAGAUAGUUAACAUUGUUUUUCACGUCAUAUUUCUUUUGCACAUCUUUCACUGCUUUUUUUUUGUUAUGCCACCAUACUGUUUUGUUAGAAUGCUUUCAUUUUGCAACAUGUGUUCAAAUCCUAAUAAAAUUGAUGUUUUCUCUUAUAUGGCUCAUUAACUUAAAAAAGAAAACUUUCAUUUGAAUAAAAUCAUAUUACUUGUUUAACAAAUUCCAGAUGAACUCAUAUCAUUUAUUUAAUUUUUAAUUGUGUGUUCCAGGAGUAGCUGAUGUUGAUGUUGAUCAUUUCUCACUGUAGUUUUACUGUUGAACUUUUUUUUAAGUAUGAAAAGUUACUAGUUAGGGGUAUUGAAGGGCUAGAGAUUUUCUGGCAUGAUUAUUUCUUUAAUACCCGUAAUGAGAACCUUGUGUUUACCUCUUAAGCAUGAAAAGGUUUGUAUGUUGGCCUGGUAGUUUGUAAAUUGAGAAGUCUGUUGAUCUCUUAAUCUGUGUCAAACAGCAAGAUAAAAGGAAAGCUUCAGAAUGGAGCAUGAUAUGUUCUGUCUCCCUAUCUCUGUCUCCCCGUCUGUCUUUCUUACUUUACUUGAGAUGGAAAUAUGUAGUCUGUUUUAACAAAUUACCUGGCGAAUCUUAUGCACAAUAAAAUAAGAAAUCUUAUAGGAAAGCCUAGAAUGUCUGCCAGGUUAUCUGCUGAUAUAUUAUUGGAAUGGAUAUAUUUGUAUAUAUACCUAUAAUGGUAAUUUAUGAAUAGUAAUGGUUAAAUUAUAUGUGUUCUAUCAGUUUUAUCAGUAGUGACUGAUAUUUUAAUGUCAGCAUUUCGGUAGUGUUCUUUACAGUGCUGAUUUUAGUUGAUUUAGCCUAAACAUCUCUUUCUCCAUUUUGCUUAGUAGUUUCAGUCAUGUGAACAUAGUAGAUUUUUAGGAUGAGCAAAAGUUAGAAGUACUGUGUAGUUUCUGAUGGUUCUUCAUUUUUCACGAUUUAUACUAACACUUGUCCUUAAGUGCAAAAGGAUACAGUAUUCGUUUUAAAAAUUCUAAGUGCAUAAUGCUAGACCUGAAGGCCCUAUAUUGUAUAAUUCCAUUCUUUACCAGAAUAAGCAAGUCUAUAGAAACAAAUCAGAUUAGUUGUUGGCAAGGGCAAAUGACGUGACUACCUAAUGACUAUAGGGUUUUCUUUCAGAGUGAUGAAAAUGUUUCUGAACAAGUUAGUGGUGUUGGUUGCAUAGUAUUGUGAAUAUACUGAAUGUACUGGGUUGUACAUUUUUUGUGAUGGUAAAUUUUUAUGAUAUUUUGCCACAGGUUUUUUUUUUUUAAGGAUGCGGUAUUUGAGGUAAUAAAUUAUCAAAGCUGAAAAUCACAAUGUUCCCAAGGUUUGUGAAAUGCUUAAGCUAUUGUUUAAAAUUCAUGUAUAGCAUUAGUAAUUUAUUCAACUCAAUAAUAAAAUCAGCGAGUCUCAUCACUGAAGUACCAAGGACAGCAGCAAGAGCUUAGCUGCACUUCAUUUCCUAUCAUUGAGAGAUUCUGUUACUGGCUUUUGUCAACAAUCUUUUUCUACCUUUCACAUUUUAUUACAAUUCCUUGGGGCACUUUGCAGUUGGACUUAAAAGAUCUGUUUU